AUGGAUUCCUCGGAAGAGGAGGUGGAUACUGGACCUUCUAUAGACUCACAGUUCAUGGACGAACGGAUAGCGGCCCGUCGCAUUCGGAUAGCCAAAAGGGCAGAGACCGCCAGAAGGGCCCUGAUGGGAGAAGAUCCUAAUGAAGUCAAGGUCAUCAAAGAGGAAAUUAGCAAAAGCCAGAAGCAGAUUGAAGACAGCAGAUUUCGGCUGACUAAGCUUCGGAGAGAUGGAAUGGAAUUUGUAUCAAAUAUACAGGUGGCAGGUGAUGCCAGAGAAACUGCCAGACGUACUCUUGAAGAUGAUGCCAAGCGUCUGCGAAAAGAAAAACUAGAGAACGAGGCCAAGUCUGCAUCAGAGAGAUUUGAGGAGAUCUCCAAAAAAUGGGAUACAGCACUGUUGAAGGAGGUUCCCCAUGCCUUGCACGAGGCUUUGCUUCAACAGAAAAGGUCAUGUGAUGCCAUGAAUGAUGAUAAGAAUAAAAUCAUCAUGGAGUUCCAGCAGGAUCUGAAGUCUAAAGAUGAUCUUUAUGUCAAGGAUCUGAAAAAGAUGGCAGAGGAUGUGGAUCUAAUGACAGAAAGAAUGACAGAGCAGAUUGAAAGUUUACAAAAAGCACAGAAAGAGGAACUAGAACAGAUAGAGAGAGCAUUUGUGAUGGAGCGGAAUGAGCUACAAGAGCAAGAAAAGAAGAAAUGGGAGGAGAAGAUGAAACUUAGGAGGGAUAAAGAGGAAGAGUAUCUCAUCCAGCGACAGAAGAGAGUAGAGGAGUAUGCAGCUCAGUUGCAACACAUGAGGGUUCAAGAUGCUGAAGAAUACAACCAGGUCAAGGUCAGACUGGAAACAGAUGUUCAGAUCCUGGAGCAGCAGCUGCAACAGAUGAAGGCAACAUUCCAGCUGAACCAGGAGAAGCUGGAGUACAACUUCCAGGUGUUGAAGAAACGCGACGAGGAGAACACCAUUACUAAGGCACUGCAGAAGAGGAAGAUCACAAGACUACAAGAUGUACUCAAUGCCUUAAAAGAGAAGCUCACCAAACAAGAGAAAACAUUUAAGGCUGAGAAUGUUCAACUGAGUGAAGAUUACAGGAGAAUCACAGAACAGUUUCAUGAUCUGCAGAGAAAGUCCAAACAUUUUAUAGCGACUGAUGCGAAGAAGUUUCACGACAUCUGGUGCAUGAACGAGGAAGAAUGUAAGAACCUUCUCUCAGAGGUCCUGGACGCCGACAAGGCUAUCCAUGAGCAACAGCUGGGACUACCAUGGGAGCCACCAGAUGUGUCAUUCAUGGACAAUGUUGGACCCAUCGCCAACUCAGCCAAAGGCAAGACUCUCUCGGCCACCAAGGUCCUCCAUGAUGUCAUGUCUGAGGAGCUGAACGAAGAAGGAGAGAUGGCUGCAAUCUACAACAAGAUAUCGCCACACUCCAUCAAACGUGUCCUGGAGCUGCUGUGUGACGAGGCGGGGUUCCUGGUGGAGCAGAAGCUGACCAAACUACUUUUGCCGUUGGAGAAAGAUGAGCAGUCCCUCAUGAAACUGGACAAUAUUUUUGCUGCUCUAGGCCUGGAAACAGAAGAUGACAUCCACAAGAUGAGCAUGUACUUUAUGAACAUCAGAGAAAAGAAAGAGGAGGAGACAUUAGAAACAGAAGAGGAAGACAUCCCAGAUGAAGGCACAGACGAGGAGCUAGAGAAGAUUGUCCAGGACAAACAAUCCAUACAGAAUGAAGCCGUGGAGCUGAUCCACCCAAACCAGGUCCUCAAGGCACUCAAGGCUUUUGUCGAGGACAGUAGGUGUGUGUGUGUUCGGGAUGCAGGAGAGCAGACGGCAUUCCACAUAAGUGGUCUGGAGGAACGAGACAACUUCCUGGACCAGGCUUACUGGCAGAAAUACACCACUGUCCUUGACCCCAGGAAGCAGAUGCUGUGGGACUCACUCCUUCAGGCACUGGAUAAAUAUCACAAUGUCCUCCACAGCCGAGCUACUUUGCUACCAGAGGUUGAAGGACUCAAACUGCAGAAUACAGAACUCAGGCUCCUACUGCACCAAUAUGUCAACUCCAAGGUCAACAAUGAGCUGGAGGUUCCCCCAACUAGGGUUCUACAGCUGGAGCUAAACCAGCCGUGA